UAAAUGUAGAAAUUAACGUUUUCCGUGUUCAGUGAGCAAACGACAUUGGAGAAACUACACUGAGUCUGGAAGCUGCGUCGUAGUCUAUUUUUAUACGGUCUAUGGUCGUAACACUCAGAGAAGGAGGAAUUUCAGAAACCGGUACAGAUAGAGCGGUGAGCCCCCCCAGCCAGAUUGGGGAGCAGACUGUGCCCCCCAUGAGAACAAUACCUUGGGAAACAGUGACCACUGCCAUGGUAACAACAGCAACUAUGGUACCGGCACCCCCCUGCUCAUUUACUGGGGAUUCCAUGCCCCUGGCUGCCCACACACAGGAGCCAAUCCAGGAAGCGAUACCACCCGCUGCUGUAGUGACUGUUGCCAUGGUGACCGUGCCCAAUGACACAGCAGAGGUGACCCAGGUAUCUUUUCAGCCAGGUCCUCCUACAGCUCCGUGCAGGAGAAGAAAGUCACUAGACCUCCCACCUUUUCUAAAGGAAGUCCCACCCCCUCCACAGGAAGCCACACCUCUCCCUAAAGAAGCCCAGCCCCCUACACAGGGAGCAGGGAGCCCCACCUGUACCAAAAUAAUUCUCGCCCCUCCACAGGAAGCACCACCUGUACCACAGGAUGUCUUGCCAUCCACACAGGAAGUUCCGCCUGUUCCAGACGAAGUUCCAUCUUCAUUCUUCAUUCCUAGCUGUCCCCACAGUGCUCUCAUCUGCCCCCUCCCCAGCCUGUGGAGGAGCAGACCCCUCCCACCUGUCCAGUGGAGCCUGGCCCAGCCAAUCAGGAGGCUGAGAGCAUGUGUUCCCAUGACCUUGUCCAUCCUUCUGCAGAUGGUGCGAGCUGGCGGGUUCACAGGAGCCCCCACCCAGAAAAGCAAGCCCAGGCUUGUUACAUGUACCUCCACUCCAGCUUAUACUGCCCCCUAGUUUGAUUUAGCAUAGGUUAGGUCAGAGUAAUGUUCACUGUGUGAACUGGACUUUACGUGUUCUUGGCUGUGAGUAACUGUACAAAAUGAGUAUUGUACCUUAUCAGACCUGUGUUUGUAGUUGUUCCAAUGACCUUUGCUAUGCACUUUUGUAUGUUGCUUUGGAUAAAAGCAUCUGCCAAAUAAGUGUAAUGUAAUGUAAUGGACUUGGGGAGAGACUGGACCAGGACCAGAACCAGGCUGAUGGACAGAGUCCUACUCAGAAGCCUGAGACCCUGCCUGUAACAGCUCCGCCCCCCACCAUCAACCACCCACCUCCCGCCACUGGCUCCGCCCCCUCCAUGAGGCUCCAGGAGGCCAUCCGCAUGAAGACGGCGGCCAUGUCCCGUCUGGGGUCCCGCUCGCCUCGCUCCGCCUCCCCCUCCCCCAGCCCCUCCUCCCCCUCCCCCAGCCCCUCCCCUGCCUCCCCCUCCCCUUCCUCCCCCUCCCCCGCCUCCACCGCCAGCUUCAUCUUCGCCAAGAGCCCCCGAAAGGUCGUCAUAGAGACGCCCUCGUCGCCCGAGGGGCAGGCGGGGCUGAAGGCGGAUCUCGCGGCCGAGCUGGCGCGGGUCACCGGUCCCGCCAAAAACGCCAAGGUCCCGCCCCCUGUGGCCAAGAAGCCCGCGCAGCACACUGACCAGGCCCCGCCUCCCGACCAAACGGCGACCGAAAAUGGCGGGGUGGCCGCGCCCGCCGAGGAGACGCCAGGAGCUCUACCAAAGGAGAACCCCGAAUCAUCAAACCCCAAACCAGGUGGCGCACAGCCCGCAAGCACAGACCAAGUGACCUUAUCGCCACCGCCUUGAUCAAUGGACCGACUGACCAAUCAGGACUGUGGGACAUAGUCUCUCAUUGGCCAUUUGUGAGGGAGGUGAAUUAAGUGCAGGUGUCAAGAGAAGGGGGAAAAAAGAAAGUCAGAGAAAGUGAGAGAUGGAGAUGGAGAGGGAGAGGAGAGAAAAGAAAGAAAAGACAUGGAACCAUUGGGAAAAAAAGACUGAAGCCUUGAGAAGACUUGGUGGCCUUAUAACAGCCUUUGUGUUUAUGCAAGAAAGGUGUUGGUCUUUAAUUUCUUAUAAAGUUACAGCUUUUUUGAGCAUUUUUCUGAAUUCCAGAAAGACUUUACUCUGGCUGCUGCCGAAUGCCAUGUCUCCUGGCACAGGGUGGACAAAAAACAUUUGUUUCUGAGGAGUUUUGCUGAAUUCACUGGCAGUUUGGUGAGGAGGUUGCACACAAGGUUUCCCUCUAGUGGUGCAAGAGGAGGAUGACCACCAAGACAUGGUUCAGGUGUGCUUGUUGCUUUGUAUUCAUAACAAACUGGACACUAUAUCACUUAAAAUAUGCACUAUUCUUUCAUCUAGUUGUUCUGUUAAUCAUCAAAAUCAUCACUGUCAUCACAAUUAAACUAAUUGUUUCCUGUAUAUCACAUAAGCCAUCCAAUCCAAUGUGGAAACACAAAUAUGAGUAUUUUCUUUUCUUAUUUUUAGUGUGGUUUCAUCAUUGUAAUUUAGUGGUCUGUUUUUGUGUAGGAAUGAGUAGCCUAUUCUGGCCGGGGAGUCCUGCGUUCACUACAAAGAAAAGAGUAUAUUUACAGAGCUAAGCUACAACAGCACUUUGUGCGGUAAAUGAGCCGCACCUUGUUUUUUAUGGUUGUUUUUUUUAUUUUUUUAUUUUAAUAUUCCUUAAGAUAGCAUUAUGGCACAGCCAUUUUUGAGAGCUGUAUUAUGUUAAAUGUGGGCUGGAACUGCUGUUCAUCUUAACUGCUGCGGGGAGUGGGGGGGGGGGCUGCAUGGCUUUUAAACUCUGUUCCCCUUCAGAGCUCAUGCAGUACAUACACACCUGCUCUGCAGGGCCUGUUACACUGUCUGAUUCGAAACCACCACGGUUUUUUCUGUGUGCACCUGAUGUCAUGUCUCGAACCCGUCUCCCUGAACAGGUGCCCCCUCUCCCAUUUUCCCCACAGACUCUCGUUAAAAGACGGUUUGCUCCCUGAAGAGGUUGGUGUUACAGGCAGACAUGAACUUAACGUGAAAAAGUAUUUUUUUUAAAAUCAGAUCAUAAAUUUCAUUUACCUUUGUUUCCUGUUGGUAGAAUACUGUUUUCUUCUCUCGUACUAAGUAACAUAUGGUUAUAUGUAUGCGGUGUCCUUUAUGUAAUUUUUUUUUUUGAUAAUCGUUUUCUUCUUGUAAAUUUAAAAUAAAUAGACAACAGUGUUGCUCAGUUCAGAGGGCGUGGUCACAGGACACUUGGGCGGACCGAAGGUGGACAGGAGAGCUGUUGAUAUAUAGCCACACCCCCUUCAUGUGAGGUGUAUUUUAGCCACACCCCCUCCUGUUUUGUGUAAGUUUAGGAACUAUGGGUAUCGAGGAGCCCAGCUUCAGGUGUACCUGACUGAAACCAGGUAUGCACACUUCUGUGUACAUUUGGUUAGACAGACGUGAAUCAAUCCUGACCAGGCAGGGCCUGUGGAUUUGUGGGUUCAAAAAAAAAAUAGCAGCUAAAGAGAGAGUCUCGGCUUGGAAAAGAAGUUCAGUUGUCAGUUUGGUCCCAGAACAGGUGUAAGGUAGCCGGGCUAACCCCAGAUUCACCCCCAAACAGAACAGCGCAGGUAGAGCAGGUCUGCUUUAUAAGUGUCUGCUCUGGGCUCACCUUCUCUUGAAAUGAUUAAACCCGAAAAUCUAAUUUCUGCUUUGCUUUUCUCUUCUGUGGCACAGCUGUCCUUGCUCAGGUAAUCAGGGAAAUGGAAACAGACUCUCAACCACUGUCUGAAAAUUCUACCUUGGAAAUGCAAAAAAACAA